GCGCCUUCUCCACCCACGCACGGGCCUCGGACGCAUUUCCAGCCCCGGCGUUGGUUGUGGAUGCUGGACAUCCACCGCCUCCAGGCAGUUUCGCCGUCACGCCGUCGCCAUCUGUAGCCAAAGCAAAACAUAUCCUAACUGAGACUUUGCAGCUCUUGUGGCCACUCUGGGCUCACCGGGAACAUGAGUGGAAGAGCCCGAGUGAAGGCCAGAGGCAUCGCCCGCAGCCCCAGUGCCACAGAAGUGAGGCGCAUCCAAGCCUCGCCAUUGCCUAGAUCUGUUGAUCUUAGUAACAAUGAAGCAUCCUCUAGCAAUGGCUUCUUGGGAACAAGCAGGAUCUCAACCAACGAUAAAUAUGGGAUAUCUUCUGGUGAUGCUGGAAGUACCUUCAUGGAAAGAGGUGUGAAAAACAAACAGGACUUUAUGGAUUUGAGUAUCUGUACCAGAGAAAAAUUGGCACAUGUGAGAAAUUGUAAAACAGGUUCCAGUGGAAUACCUGUGAAACUGGUUACAAACCUCUUUAACUUAGAUUUUCCCCAAGACUGGCAGCUAUACCAGUACCAUGUGACAUAUAUUCCAGAUUUAGCAUCUAGAAGGCUGAGAAUUGCUUUACUUUAUAGUCAUAGUGAACUUUCCAACAAAGCAAAAGCAUUCGACGGUGCCAUCCUUUUUCUGUCACAAAAGCUAGAAGAAAAGGUCACAGAGUUGUCAAGUGAAACUCGAAGAGGUGAGACUGUAAAGAUGACUAUCACCCUGAAGAGGGAGCUGCCAUCAAGUUCUCCCGUGUGCAUCCAGGUCUUCAAUAUCAUCUUCAGAAAGAUCCUCAAAAAGUUGUCCAUGUACCAAAUUGGACGGAACUUCUAUAAUCCUUCAGAGCCAAUGGAAAUUCCCCAGCACAAAUUAUCCCUUUGGCCUGGGUUUGCCAUUUCUGUAUCAUAUUUUGAAAGGAAGCUCCUGUUUAGUGCUGAUGUGAGUUACAAAGUCCUCCGGAAUGAGACGGUUCUGGAAUUCAUGACUGCUCUCUGUCAAAGAACUGGCUUGUCCUGUUUCACCCAGACGUGUGAGAAGCAGCUAAUAGGGCUCAUUGUCCUUACAAGAUACAAUAACAGAACCUACUCCAUUGAUGACAUUGACUGGUCAGUGAAGCCCACACACACCUUUCAGAAGCGGGAUGGCACCGAGAUCACCUAUGUGGAUUACUACAAGCAGCAGUAUGAUAUUACUGUAUCUGACCUAAAUCAGCCCAUGCUUGUUAGUCUGUUAAAGAAGAAGAGAAAUGACAACAGUGAGGCUCAGCUCGCCCACCUGAUACCUGAGCUCUGCUUUCUAACAGGGCUGACUGACCAGGCAACAUCUGAUUUCCAGCUGAUGAAGGCUGUGGCUGAAAAGACACGUCUCAGUCCUUCAGGCCGGCAGCAGCGCCUGGCCAGGCUUGUGGACAACAUCCAGAGGAAUACCAAUGCUCGCUUUGAACUAGAGACCUGGGGACUGCAUUUUGGAAGUCAGAUAUCUCUGACUGGCCGGAUUGUGCCUUCAGAAAAAAUAUUAAUGCAAGACCACAUAUGUCGACCUGUGUCUGCUGCUGACUGGUCCAAGGAUAUUCGAACUUGCAAGAUUUUAAAUGCACAGUCUUUGAAUACCUGGUUGAUUUUAUGUAGUGACAGAACUGAAUAUGUUGCCGAGAGCUUUCUGAACUGCUUGAGAAGAGUUGCAGGUUCCAUGGGAUUUAAUGUGGACUACCCCAAAAUCAUAAAAGUACAAGAAAAUCCAGCUGCAUUUAUUAGAGCUAUACAGCAAUAUGUUGAUCCUGAUGUUCAGUUGGUAAUGUGCAUUCUGCCUUCUAAUCAGAAGACCUAUUAUGAUUCCAUUAAAAAAUAUUUGAGCUCAGACUGCCCAGUCCCAAGCCAAUGUGUGCUUGCUCGGACCUUGAAUAAACAGGGCAUGAUGAUGAGUAUCGCCACCAAGAUCGCUAUGCAGAUGACUUGCAAGCUCGGAGGCGAGCUGUGGGCUGUGGAAAUACCUUUAAAGUCCCUGAUGGUGGUCGGUAUUGAUGUCUGUAAAGAUGCACUCAGCAAGGACGUGAUGGUUGUUGGAUGUGUGGCCAGUGUUAACCCCAGAAUCACCAGGUGGUUUUCCCGCUGUAUCCUUCAGAGAACAAUGACUGAUGUUGCAGAUUGCUUGAAAGUUUUCAUGACUGGAGCACUCAACAAAUGGUACAAGUACAAUCAUGAUUUGCCAGCACGGAUAAUUGUGUACCGUGCUGGUGUAGGGGAUGGUCAGCUGAAAACACUUAUUGAAUAUGAAGUCCCACAGCUGCUGAGCAGUGUGGCAGAAUCCAGCUCAAAUACCAGCUCAAGACUGUCGGUGAUUGUGGUCAGGAAGAAGUGCAUGCCACGAUUCUUUACCGAAAUGAACCGCACUGUACAGAACCCCCCACUUGGCACUGUUGUGGAUUCAGAAGCAACACGUAACGAAUGGUAUGACUUUUAUCUGAUCAGCCAGGUGGCCUGCCGGGGAACUGUUAGUCCUACCUACUAUAAUGUCAUCUAUGAUGACAACGGCUUGAAGCCCGACCAUAUGCAGAGACUUACAUUCAAAUUGUGCCACCUGUACUACAACUGGCCGGGCAUAGUCAGUGUCCCAGCACCAUGUCAGUAUGCUCACAAGCUGACCUUUCUGGUGGCACAAAGCAUUCAUAAAGAACCCAGUCUGGAAUUAGCCAACCAUCUCUUCUACCUGUGAUGGCAUGAACCACUGGCAUCACUAGAUGAACAAUCCAAGAAGAAAUUGGUGUUGUGCAAAUCUGCCAUAAGCUCAAGGCUGUGACUGGGGAAAAAGAUUGAGCUUAGUUUUCAUGUCUAGGAAAAAAAGCAAAACAACUUAAUCUGAAACAGUUUUAAAAAAUGUGUGUUAUUUUGUUUUAAAGAGUUGUAUGCUUGGGGUAAAUUUUCAUUGUCGUAUGUGGAAUUUAAAUAUACCAUCAUCUAUAAAGAAUUCCACAGAGUUAAAUAUCUUAAGUUAAACACUUAAAAUAAGUGUUUGCAUGAUAUUUUGAUGAUAGAUAAACAGAGUCUAAUUCCCACCCCAAAUUUUGCUGAGGUUUUCUUAAUGUUGUAGAGCAUUUUGUAGAGUGGUUUAAAUAGUUGAAAAUAAAGUUCAGAACAUAA